UUGACGCGUAUGUCGUGCCGAGUGAGUGUGCGCACGAGAUAUAUGAAAACGACAGUAACAACGUUUGCAAUAUUACUGUUAUUAUUAUCAUUCCUCAUUAGAUACCAUAUACCGUGCACAGGUUGCGACCGCGAAUCGCACGUGCGCCGAGCCCAAAUAUUAAUACUAUCAUAGACGGGGCCUGGAAACUAUUUAGUGCAGUGCGCGCGCCUGCGCUUUUGCGUCCCACGUGUCUGCACGCGGCUCGCGCGACACGAUCACAACACUAUUGACCUUUGCCCGUUCAUACCGGCCCCUCCAUUUCUCGCGCGCGCGGCGCCUCCCCCGCAGAAGUAGCAGUAGUAGGCAGCGGUACGGAGCGUUUUGAAUACGUCGCGCCAGUAACGCGCGCGCGUGGUGCGUGUACAGCGACAGUGCGCUAUGCCCGUCGGGUACCCAACGUGUUCGUCAAGCCGUUUUUACGAUUUACGUGAUAUCGUCGAUAUUACUUCUAUACAAUUGAUUUUAUUAAUUAAUUAUUUCGAUUAAUUGUUGCCAUCAUAAUUAUUCGUAACACCGACCGCGGUACCGGACCAUUUUAUUUUAUUUUCCCCGUCACGUGUGUCCCGGCCGUAUUGAAGUCGCUCGAUAAGGAACACACGGCUGCGGAGUGCUGGCGUUCACGUUCUUCCACUUACUACAACAAUAUAUUAUUAUUUAAUAUUUCAAUAUUAUUUAAUAAGCUGUCGUCUCUGCUUCGCAUCGGGCCAGCGGAUAAAUAUCUGCGAUGAGAGUGGGCCGAAGAUAUUUUGAACUCAUGGUUUCUGUGAUCAAUCCAUCGUCGGAUCUAUACCAUCACAGUCCUUUAGCACCUUUAGCAUCAUUCGACUCCCCCGGUUCUGGGAUCGAAUCGUCCAGUACGCAAUCGGAAAAAAAUUGUCCGUUCAAAGACUUCAUAUUAAACGAUAAAUGGAGACGUAUAUUUGAUCAAUACGAUCCUGAAGGGUUUGGGGAAAUUCCGUGGAACGAUUUCUUGAUGUUAUUGAAUUCGUCGGAUUUCGUGAAAUCCAUAUCUCAGGAGAAACGCGAUAUCCUCCUUGAACGAGCUCGGCAAUCAAACACGUCUGCUAUAACUUUUCAAGAUUUCGUCAAUAUCAUGUCCGGAAAAAGGAGGCGGAGUUUUAAAUGUGCCAUUCAUCACAGGGACAAAGAAGUUAACAGCGAAAACGAUUUUCAUAUUAUAUUCCAAGAACCAACGUUACGCCAAAAAAUGGUACGUCUUGUGGCAGAGGAGUUCUUGACGGACGAAAGAGAUCGGAAAUAUUAUGCAGACAACUAUCGCUGUUGCCCGCCGCCACUCUUUAUACUACUCAUUACAAUUUUUGAGUUGGGAACCUACCUAUAUUACUACUCUCUAACUUUGGGUUCUACACCUGCUCCCGGUGACAUAUGGGCAUCUGUCGCCGCUCCUGUGCCAAUGGACAGUGUGUUCAUAUAUAGACCUGACAAACGACAACAAUUGUGGAGAUUUAUGCUGUACAUGUUCUUACAUGUUGGUUGGGUCCAUCUGAUAUUCAAUUUGACCGUUCAAUUGCUUGUGGGUCUUCCAUUAGAAAUGGUGCAUGGUUCACUCCGGAUAGGGGUUGUGUACAUGGCUGGUGUGUUAGCAGGUUCCUUGGGUACGUCGGUCUUUGAUAGUAACGUGUAUCUUGUUGGUGCUUCGGGUGGAGUGUAUGCUCUAUUGGCUGCUCAUUUGGCCAACGUUAUGUUGAAUUACAACAACAUGGAAUUUGGUGUGUUUCGGUUGCUUGGCAUACUGUUCAUCGCCAGCGUGGACGUCGGUUUCGCAGUGUACUGCCGUUACGCCUUCGAACCAUCGUCGAACGCUCCGCCCGUCAGCUACGUUGCUCACAUAGCCGGCGCGUUGGCCGGUCUCACCAUCGGUCUGCUGGUGUUAAAAAACUUCGAGCAAAAGCUCCACGAGCAGUUGAUAUGGUGGUUCGCGCUCGGCGUGUACGCCAUUUGCACGCUGUUUGCGGUCGUGUACAACUUGAGCCAUCCCUGUUGAGGAGACCGACCUACACACAGUCCACCUAUAUAUAAUAUAUAUAUAUAUGUAUGAUGUAUGUGUGUGUGUGUGUGUGUGUGUGUGUGUGUGGAGGGGCGAUGGACACGGUGUGUGAGGAAGUCCGAAGUUGUGGCCGAGAAACACGUCAUGAUAUUAUUAAGCUGGCAGUGUGGGCGCCGUCCCGUCGCCGAUCUAUAUACAUACAUAUUUUUAUUCUUCCACGUGUAAAAAUCUAUUCGUACUGUCCAAUUUUGUUCGUUUUUUUCAUCUUCAUUAUUAUUAUUUUUUAUUAUUAUUAUUAUUUUUGUUUCCCUCACCUCGUUUGUAUUUAAUUAUUUCUACGAUGAUAUAUUAUUAUUAUAUUUAUACAUAUAUUGUGUCUGUGAUUUUUUUAACCGAGUUUACAAUCAUCAUUAUUGGCAAUGUUAUCAUAUUAUAUUAUAAUAGUAUAGGUAUGCCAAAACGUUUGCGCAAUACGUACGAGUCUGUUUUCAGUUUGUCCGAAAAUUCAAAGUACGAAAUAGUUGGUUGGGGAGGAGGUGGACACUGUUACACUAUAUUAUUAUUAUAAUAAAUUUAGUUUUUUCGUUGUAAUAAAAAUUAAUUUUAAUUUUUGCAUACAUAGAGUAUGAACAUUAAAAAUAAAAAAACACAGACAUUUAAAUUGUAAAUAUUUAUUUUAGUUUAAACAUUUUUUUUAAUGCUUUAUUACAUUCACUGCCAGUUCUAAUUUAAUCGGUGGUUAGUUUUGAGUUUAAGUCUCUUGAAUUAAAGUUCCAAAAAU